AUGGCCCUCUUUAAACAGUACGACGACUUUCUAUUGAACAGCGCUUCUCAGAUCACUGCAGUCGAAAGCUCGCUUCGAUCCAUCACAUACUUCCUUCCAGGUCGAUUCAAAGACGCCGAACUUGCAGGCGAAGCCAUCUACGCCACGCUAAACCUUCUCGGUCUCUAUCACGAUUCCAUCCUCGCUCGGGCGCUCGAUAAGCAAUAUCCUUAUGCAGCAGGCGCAUCCGCCCAGGCAGUCACUACAUCCGAGAAACGCAGUUUGACACCAAAAGAUGUCAGUGCGAUCACCGGCAUCACUCCUUCUGAACAUGCGAGGUAUACACAGCACUUUGCACAGCAUUCCAGCGGAUACAACAAAGUAGCCAGGGCCCUGGUAGUAGUAGGAUACUUUGAGCUGCUAGCAGAGAUGAUCGCUAGGCGGAAGCUUGGUAGGAGCAAGGCCUGGGAUGUGGUGGCUGCGAUUGAGGCAGUCAAAGUGGUGCUCAGGUUGAGCUUGGUGCAGAUGACCGGGUCUAGAAUGGUGAUCAACCCACCCAUUCCGGAAAGAGAAGUGGAUCCAGCGGCAUUGGAGAGAGAAAGGGCAAAGACGAUGGGCAACUUUGCUGGGAAGUUGCAUGAUGCUGCUGCUGCUGCUGCCUCGUCUCAUCUGCUAGGGUCAUCUGCAGAGCUUAGCGAGAAGCCACCCAAGGGCUUCUGGAAGGGAUCUCGUACCGGACUCUUGCGACCUACGCUUGCAUCUCUUCGUCCCGGGUACGAUGACGAAGAGCAAGACCCGCUUCCCACAGCCAACGAACCCGAUCGUCAACCACCACACCUCCGAGCAAUGCGAAUCAACGCUGCCGCCGGCCACUCUGGCUCUGACACUGACGACACCCUCGUAGACUCAACCCGUCUCAACGGAUCAACCACCUCCCUGAUCCGCACUCCUGCUCCCACAACCGCCACAGGUCGCAAAGAACCCCCGUCACCUCCAAUCGCGAUGAAAUCAUGGUCCGAAUCCCAGAUCAAUGACUACCUCCUCUCCCGCGUCUUGACUGUAAACGACGUUCGCAAACCCUCUGACCUCGUCCGUCCUCUCCGCAACCGCACAGGUCACCUCGCCGAGGUAUUAUGGAUCUUGCGACCAUUCAUCUACGUCCUCGCCCUCCGCAAGUGGGGUAGGACUGCAACACUUCCCUUCGCCCUCUCCUUUGCGCUCGAAUACCUCGCAAAAGAACUCCGCAACAAGUCGUUUGCGCCAGCAAUUCCCGCACCCAAGAGCUUGUUCGCUACCAACCCACUCAUGGCCGCUAUGAUGGGUCAAAAUCCCCUCACCUCUAUCCUCGCAUCCGUGUUCAUGGGUGGUAACCCAGCCGAUAAGGCCAAAAGACCCAUUUCUGCAGUUGAGCAAACAGAGUGGAGCAAGAGAAGAAACUCGUUCUGCUGGUACCUUCUCAGAGGACCACUGUGGUAUGCGUUCACAAGGCCAAAGUUGCAAGGGAUGGUGGAAAGGACACAAGGAAAGUUUUUGGUCGGAAUGGUGGGUGGUGUUUUGAGCGAUUACUUGCCGUUGAUCGAUGAGUAUUACUAUUACUCGGCGACCUGA